CACACAGUCGAGAUUGGAAGCAAGAACUUCCAUAUUUGUCGGUGACUUAAAGCCAACAAAUAAGAAGCUGAGAUCCACCGAUGGCAGCAGCUAAACCUUCUUCCGCCGCGGAAACCGGACCACCGUCUCCCACCUCCUACACUACCCCCCGUUCCAACAAAACUGACCCUGAACUAUUUUCUCGCACCCUGGAUUACCUCGCCGACGUGGGCAUGGCAAAGCCCAUUCCUAAGAGCUGCGACACCAAUGGCUUCAUCUCCCACUUCUAUGGCAGCUUCAUCAAGGUCCAUAGUGUUCAGAGAGGGAGCAUCCAUUGCACCUUUUCCGUCAAACCCUCCAUCUCUAAUGUUUAUGGAACGUUGCAUGGAGGAUCCGUUGGAUCUUUGACUGAAAUGAUAGCUACUGCUUGUGCUAGAACUGUUGUUGCUGAGGACAAGGAACUUUUCCUUGGGGAAAUGAGUGUUUCUUACCUCUCUGGAGUUCCAACAAAUGAAGAAGUGCUAGUUGAAGCGUCAGUAGUGAAGAGUGGAAGAAAUUUGACUGUGGUUUCACUAGAGUUUAAACUGACGAAAUCUGGGAUUUUGGUGUAUCUUGCACAUGCUACCUUCUAUAACAUCCGAAUUGCGAGGUUAUGACUUAUGAACAUUUGUGGAGACUCAUUUCAAUUGUAGAUCCAAAGUAUAUAUUGAUAAUUGUCAUAGUUGUAUCAAUUUUUUGGUUGACAAUCAUAAUAGUGCAUAUUGUCAGCUCAAUUGUUCAAAUAUGAAACAAACUUCAUGGAACUCAAGGAUAGUUGUUAAGCAUUGAAUUCAUUCUGGCAUAUAAAUCUCCCUGAACGAUAUUUUCCUAUAU